AUGGGAGAAACAUCAAGCAAUAACCGCUCUGAUCUGUUCAUUGAUCUAGUUGAUGAUAUGUACUUCUCAGCCCUCUAUGAUGAAGAGGAGGUCUUCCCCAUCUCUGACGAGAAGUACGCUGGUGAACUCCAGCUCCAAGAAGUCCUCAUCUCCGGAACAAUGUCCACCCCUUAUCCAUCUCAGCAAACCACAACAAGGAGAUUAUUACCAGUAAAAAGGCAGAGAGAUUGUACUGCUACUACUAGUACUACUACAUCUACUGCAUGCUGGUCCAGCGCACAAACAUUCUGCAAGGUAUGCAUGGAAGUAGCACCCUCAUCAAACAUGUUUCAAAACAGUAACUGUGCCCACGUCUUCUGCCGUGCAUGCCUUAGCCAACACAUUGCAGCCAAGUUACAGGAGAACAUCACAGUGAUUAAGUGCCCUGAAGUGCACUGCAAGGGAGUGCUGGAGCCUGAGAUAUGUCAGGACAUUGUCCCAAAGGAUGUGUUUGAGAGAUGGGAGAGUGUUCUCUGUGAGUCCAUGGCUAUUGGAGCUUGUAAGUUCUACUGCCCAUUCAGUGACUGCUCGGCAAUGAUGCUUGAUGAUGCUGACGAGAUGGUUGUGCAGGCUGAGUGUCCCGUUUGUAGAAGACUGUUCUGUGCUCAGUGCAAGGUGGCCUGGCAUGCUGGAAUAAGUUGCCAGAAGUUUCAGAGUUUGGAUGUCAAUGAAAGAGGGAAAGAUGAUCUUAUUUUGUUGGAGUUGGCCAGGCGUAACAGGUGGAUGAGGUGUCCCAAGUGCAACUUCUUUGUGGAAAAGAUUGAAGGCUGCCUGCACAUUACUUGCAGGUGCAAGUUUGAAUUCUGCUAUAGAUGUGGACAGAAAUGGAGUUCAUCUCAUGGUGGUUGUAGUAGCUCAUGA